AAAUAUAUAUUGAAGUUACUACACACGUGAACUCUCAAUCUCCACUUUUCGAUACUCCAGUUCAGCUGAGGUUGAAGUUGCAAAUUAGCUGAGUUUCUCCUUCGUCUCACAAUCUCAUCUCCACAACAAACCAAAACACCAAAACACCAGCAUCAACAACUACUAGCUAGAACCAUCACCAUGCCAUCUGCACCAAUCUUUACUGGAAGGGAACGCCUCAUGCUUCCUGAAGACUACAGACCCGGAGACGAUGUAGUCAUCAUCGGCCGUGGCAAGAAGGUCUUCCAACACCCUGGCAACAUUCGAUUCCGCGAGAUUGUGGACUCCUACCUCGAAGCUUACAAGGGCGCCGCCACCAAGGGCCUCAAAUCCUCCAUUCUCUGGAAUAUUUUGACGACUAUGCGCAACACCAGCAAGGAUAACUUGGGCUUUGUCAAGAAGGAUGCCGAAACGGGACUGUGGUGCGCCGUCGAUGACGCCAAUGCUCGCAUCAACAUUGCACAAGCUUUCCGCGAUCGCCUCAGCAACUCCUACAGGUCCAGCAAGCAACACAAGAGCAUCAAGCGCAAGGUCGACUUGGGACUUAUCGGCAGCGACAGCAGCGAAAGGAUCACUUUCGAACAAGACUUUCUCCUCGAUGAAAACAUCCUCGCUUCUUUGGUCAAUGUCGAUGCCAAGAAAUUCUACCAUCAAGUCGAGCCCAACAAGCGCAUCUGCCUCCGAAACUCCAACUCUGUUCCUUCUUCCAUGCCAAAGAUCGAAUCUUCCUUUGGACGCGUCCAGAGGAAAACGUCCAUGAGUAUGGGCCAUCUUCGCGAUAUCUUGGACACAGCCUCCAAGGUCACUUUUUCCUCUGACGAACAAGUGCACGAACCCAAGGCACCCUUUCCCUCCAUGAGCACUGACAACAAGAGCAACAGAACUCCCUGCACUGAAUCUUCUCUCUCCACCCUCCUCAAGCAAUUCGAAGCUUCUAUCGAUUGCUGCUCCGAAGAAAAUCCAUUUGAACCCAAGCCCAUUGCUGUUGUCAAGGAACAGCCACCUGUUGUUGUUUCAUCCUCCACAGACGUGGUCAUGACACCCAUGAUGGCCAUGCUCAAGAGCCAACAGCAAGAUAUGUUUGAACCAGACGAAUCAACCUCUUCGUUCAAUCUCAAGUCAUUGGAUCUCAUGGAUGAAUCCGAUCUUCUUUUGCAAUUGGAUGACUGCCUGGACUUUGUCAACGCCACCUGGAACACACAACCAGAGGCACUCUUUUCCAGUUGAGCAAGCCAUCAAAAGCAACCACACUGUGAACAAACUUGACAAUAGUAAGCCAGCCAAGCUCCGCUCCCCUUCCAUCCAUACAAUUGCAUAAACCGACAUGGAGACCAGCCAUCAUUCCCAGCUAGCAGCCACAAGCACAUAGAACACCAAGCGCCUGGGAUGAACAACAACAGAAACAGUUUUCUUUACAAAUAAAAUAUACCACUAAAAGUGUCCAUUACAAAACUC